ACCGCACAGUGGAACUCUCCUCUUGAAUGGGAGUCAGACUCCAGCCCGGAGAGAGAAGCUGUUCGUAGUUCCACGAAGAAGAAAACAACAUCCACUUUUAAUUAGAUGAGUGUGAGUGAAUAUUUUAUGAGCGUCUUUUUACUCAGAGGCAAGUUUCCCUGCAGCAGAGGAGAAUCCAGGAGACUGUGCGACAUGGAACACGGCUGUGAGGUAACUAACCUUCCGUCUUUCUGCACGGAGCUUUAUGGAAACACGUCGAGGAGACUCACCUCGCUGCAAAGAAAAGCUGCAGUUUGGGUUUAAAGACCGGGAGACCCUAGCAGAGGAAAGGAGGUCGUUGACGGGGAACCAUCUGAGGUUGGGUUAACAGAAGGCUACUCGAUCCUGCAAUGCCAGAAGAAGCCAAUGAGGAAGCCAUGAGAACGCCAGCGACACCAGAGAAGGCCAACAACAACGAGCACCCGGCAGCCGCCGUGGUAAACAUCCCCCUGGUCAAUGAAGUCCAGCUGACCGCCGCCACCGGCGGGGCGGAGCUGUCCUGCUACCGCUGCACCGUCCCCUUCGGCGUGGUGGUCCUCAUCGCUGGCAUCGUGGUCACCGCCGUGGCUUACAGCUUCAACUCGCAUGGAUCCACCAUCUCCUACUUCGGCCUGGUGCUCCUCUCGGCCGGUCUGGUGCUCUUGGCGUCCAGCGUCGUCUGCUGGAAGUUGAGACUGGAGAGGAAGAAGGAGAGGCGAAGGGAGAGCCAAACCACCCUGGUCGCAAACCAGAGGAGUAUUUUUACUUGAACCGGCAGUUUGGACCACGCUUCCUGGUUUCCUGAGAUUUCGAGAACCAGCUGCAGACAGAUGUUGUCCAACAUGUGUUGGAUUUCUGACCUGUAAAAGCUUUGACCGCAGACUCUCAAGGCCCAGAUACUUUGAAAACUUUGUGUGGGAUUUAUUUGUCAAACAGACGCCGAGCAUCUGGCGAGCUGGGAAUGCAGCCAGCGGGACUGUAUCACAAUUAAGAUGAAUUACCACUGUGCGAAGCGAUGUUGAGGAAGUCUCCCAUUAAUCUGCUGUUGGAUGUGGCAGUUUUGAUUGUAAUGGGAGGGAUUGUGGUUUGAAAGGCCCAGGAGAGCAGAAGGAAACUGAAAGACACAGGGACAAUGAUUCAUGCCUCAUUUACCACACUUCAUCUUGGACGUAUCGGGUUGUGAAGCCUCAGCAAUCAUCUCACAGGAAUUGAUUAGGAAUUGCCUGUUAUGAAAGUAUGGUACUCAAUAUGAGGAUUUUCUUUAAAAUGUGCCAAUAUAUUCUGGUCAGCAUAUCAGAUUAGAUGGCACAUGACAUUCAAGAGAGUAUUUAACCUUAAAUAUAUAUAUAUAUAUUCUCUUAAAGCA